AUGACGGUAUACCACAAGCAGGGAACUGAUGUCCUCUAUGUGGGAGGCCAGGCAGUUAUCUAUAUGCUGACAUUCACUGACAAAGGAGUCCAAGACACGAAGAUCCCAGUAGUCACAAAUCAGAAUGCCAAGGAAACAUGUCUCUCCAAAACUGCCUGGGGCAAGCUGGAGUGUGAUAAUUUCAUCACCGUGAUUGAAGAAGUCAAUGGUACAUUUGUGGUUUGUGGAACAAAUGCAGGCUCUCCCAAGUGCUGGCUUAUGAACAACACUGUGCUCAGUGAAGUGCCCAAAGAUGGACGCGUGACUGCCGCGUCCGACAUCUUCCCCCGCUUCCCCUCCCACCGCUCUGUUAGCAUCUCAGCAGAGGGGAGUCUCUACGCUGCCCUGUCCACUGUGGAUCAGCAGCAGGGUUCUAUCCGUCGAGUCUUCGGGUCUGGACGGCUCCUCAAGACCGAGAGCAAAUGGCUCCUCAACCCCCAGUUUGCAGGAGCAGCCUUAAUCCCGGCAUCACUCGAACACAAGGAGGAGAUCUAUUUCAUGUUCAGCGAGGUCAACAAAACGGCCAGUGUGGAUGAUGAGCCCUACAGGGCGCGUAUUGCACGUGUCUGCUUGGCUGAUCAAGGGGGGGUGAAGAACAUCCUGCCUGACUCUUGGACCACCUUCCUGAAGGUCCGAGUGAUGUGUGGCAGUGGGAACACCGCGCAGCAGUACAAUAACAUCAAGCAGGCCUACGUCCUGACUGCACAGAGGACUGGCAUCAUGUACGGUCUCUUCUCCAAUGCCUGGGAAACGACAGUUGUGUGUGCAUACUCCAUUGAAGACAUCGACCGGGCCUUCUCCACAUCUAAGCUGAAGGGCUAUAACAACCCUAUAAUUGGACAGCGCCCUGGAACAUGCGCUGUGAACACCACGACACCUCCAAACACCAAGACCCUUGAGAUCAUCCGAGAUCACCCCGAGAUUGAGGACGUGAUACGACCGAUCGGUAACGCUCCUUUGGACUUGCCCACGGAGGACCAUUUCACUCAUAUCGUCAUGGAUACUGCGCUGGCUGUCAAUGGCGAACACUAUAGUGUGGUCUAUAUCGGGACAGAGCAGGGAAAGGUGUUGAAGGUCCUCCACACUAUUGAUGAGGCGUUCAUCAUUUCCGAGUUCUCUCCCUUCCACAAUGAGGGCCCUGUGCUGAGCAUGACCAAAGACUCCCAGAAGGGUCACCUCUACGUGGGCACCUCCACAGAGAUCCAGCGUGUUCCCCUCGCAGACUGCAGUCGCUAUGGAGACAGCUGUCGAGAGUGUAUACUGUCUAGAGACCCAUACUGUGGAUGGGACCGUGCAAAGAGGAAGUGCUUGGCCAUCCCAACUGGAUACAACAGUAGCACUGGUGCACUCAGCCAAAACCUUGAUCACUCCAAUGCCUCAGUCUGCGGAGAUGUUAAAGCCAUGAAGAGCCGAGCCACAGUGCCCAAGGAUGUGGUCAUUAACUCCAAAGGUCCAGUCCUGCUCCCGUGCCCAGUCCGCUCCUACCACGCGACAUAUCGCUGGGAAAAGGACAACUGCAGCAAGCACUAUCCCUGCACCAUCUCCGGGACCUCUUGCGUGCUGGCGCCCACACCCGAGCUGCCUCUGAAGGAAGGCGUGUUCCGCUGCAUGGCCGUGGAGGACGGCUUCAAACAGGAAGUGGUGUCCUAUCGCCUGGUGUUCAACGGCAGUCCAGUUCCUGUCUCUGUAGCCUCCACCCUGAGCAUGUCUGUUCUUCUUGCCGCGUCCACCCUUUGGCUUCUGUAGGUUUGUGCUCCCCUUCCCCCCUACCCCACAUUGGUGAGUGAGUGAGUGAUGGACAAGAUGAUCUCAAGGUUAGGUUCGCAGAGCAGGCGUUGCAGGCCUGGGUGAGUGAAUGACGUGAGCUGACCCAGUCUGUGUCACUCUUGGCUAUUUACAGCCUAUACGUGAAUACUAGGAUUGUAGUACUUGAGUCUGGUCUUCGAGACCACAAAUUAAUGGCCUUCGUCUUUACACUGUUCUCCAACAUGAAUUUUUAUGCUACCUUCUUCCCGAUAUCAUCAGAGACCUGAUCUGAAUCACAAACCAAAAAUUGCAGAAAUCAUUUUGUUAAAAAAAAAUCCUUUUUUUUGCCCCACUCAUGCUGCUGUGCCACCCCUGCUUCUUAGAACAGAUUAAAGCUUUGGACUGAUCAAGGCUUCUUAUCUCCUAACUGUUUCAAGAAGGUACUUUAAGUCUCAAGAAUUCAAGUAGUGGUCUUGGCCUUGCCAUGCUCUUUGGUUGUAGAUUUUUAUUCAUUAUUCUGGCCUAUUAUACAAGAGAAUACGGGCCAAGAUCAUCCAUUUGCAGCUUACAGUUUUGUAAUAUAGCAUAGCUUUUUUCUCUGAAAGUGCACUUGACAUGGACGGGGCUCAUGAAUUCUCUUUGCAGCUACAGUGACAAAAAGACUAUGCUCAGUGCUACUCAGAAAUCAGACGAUCAUUGGGUCAGGAAGGUCAUUCUUGAUUUACAUCAAAAUUAACAUCUUCAUCUAUGGUGUAAAGAUUGGAAUUAUUGAGAAAUGGAGGCUAUAUUUCCCCUAGGAAAACAAGUAAAGAGUAGUGGCCAUAUUGACUGUGGUGAGAUGCCACUAGAUGGGGUCUGAGAGUGAGUGCUAUCUGGAGAAAAUAUUUCUGACUAUUUUUGCAAGAUGAAAUGUAAUCUUUUUUUCAUGCCUAGCUUCUCACAAAAUGUGACUGGUAUGGAAAUACAUAAUAAGCAGUAUUUUACC